AUGUCAGCACUGUUGUCACCAGGUGAUGCUUUAGCCCUCGAGAAUUUCGAGCCCCUAAUGGAAAAGCUAGUUGAUCAACAUCGCCGCCAGAUGACAAUACCAAUCAAUGCCUGUACGGAUCUUGCCAACUUUCAGGCUAUCCUCCGUCUGUUUGACUACCCAAAGGCGGAAGAAUACGUGAUACCAGUCGACGCAGAUGCGUCUGGGUGGGACGUUGCUGAUAGGAUUCGGGGCCUUAUCCGCCAGGCCAUGAUAAUGACUGGGCGAACUAUCAUUUUGAUUCACUAUGGUGGCCAUGGAUUGAACUGGAAUGAUGAAUUACACGUCUGUAAUUCCACAGGAAGAAAGCUUUUCAGUGUGAAUAGAAACAUGUUGGAUCUUGUGGACUCCAAGUCCGUUGUUACCGAUUCCCACAACAUUGAUCUCGUAUUUAUCUUCGACUCCUGCUAUAGCUAUCUGGUGACUAGGGAGUAUACUGGUCAUGACAGAGUCGUCGAGAUACUUGCAGCCGUUGAUGAGGAUAGCAGACUCGCAUUUUCCCCAGGCCUUCGGGCCGCGUUUACAGGCAAACUGUAUACAGAGAUCCUCAGAAGAGAGCAAUCAGGAGCCCAAGAUAUUGAGCUCGCUGAGCUGAUAGCGUAUCUUCACAGAAAAUCUCCUGUAAAGAAGCCCGCACAUCGCCUUCUCGUCGGCGCCAAUUCUUUACGUCUUUCCAUCAGUGGAGAUACUGAACGGAUAUAUGCACCCCCCGGGCCAGCGACGUACGCCAUGUUUUCAUUCAGGUUGGUAAAAAGUCUCUUUAUCGAUCAAAUAGCAGACUUCUGUGACUGGAUCUUGAAGCUGCCCAGAGAGAUUGGGCUAAAAUUAGAAGCCGCCUACGAGACACAGUCCAUGACUUUGAUCUUCCGGGCACCAUACGCCUUUUGGUUGAAGCUCAAUGGGUACAAAUUUGUUCAACUUAUAUGCGAGGCCAAAUCGGAGAAUCUUCUUCUGAGCAUCCCCACCUCAUCGACCUACGCUUACCACGCAUAA